CUCACCUCUAGUAUUUGUCUGACAUUUAAGUUUGGGUUGGCGCAGUUAAAUUGAAAUAAAUAAAAAAAUAUGGAGCUACCGAAUAUUGAGUGUGUUAGGCUAUUUGAGGAGAUGACUUUCGUGCAGUUAUCUGCUACACUCCAAUCAGGACAAAAUAUUUUGUCGCGUAAAGCGCGAGAACUCGCUUCUGGUGGUGAAAGUGCUUCCACGGAUGGUGGUGAAAGUAGUACUACUGAUGGUGGUGGAGAGAGAGAUCCCAGGCCCAAGAAGAAGAAGAAGAAAGUUGAGGUCGAUUUGGAGACUUUGAACUGGUUUGUUACCAAACCAUGCAAGCGUGAAGGUUGCGGAAAGUGUGACAAAGUAUACUCUGGAACCGAGUUAGAUAAUAGGUCGCCAUUUUCAGAGUCCAUCCAGCUCCAAGACGAGCCCCACUACUCAUGUCUCAAUGAUAAGAAUAUCGUAUAUGGAAAGUGGUGCUGGCAUCCAGGUGGAUGCUUAAGGGAGAAUGGGCAACCCUCUCUAAUUAAGAUAGGACAGACUGGGACGCCGUUGCAUAACGACCGAAUUGGUCAACAAUUGCAACAAGUGAAAAGCUGUACGACCACCAAAUACAUGCCCAACACGGAAGUAGCGAAUCAUUUUCGACACCACUGGGAAAAUGAUGAUGAGAAACGAGACCCCUAUCAGUUUGUUAGUUUCUCCAUUCUUCAACAACUUGGCACUGACAAGGAUGAGAAUGAUAGACUGAGAAUUGAAAGGGCGUUGAUAAUUCGUUUCAACACCAUCCUCCCAGACUAUGGAAUAAAUAGGAACAUUCCUAACCCUUCUACUGAGACUGAAACACCCCCCAAACAAUCAACUUCCUCCCCUUUGGUGAAUUGGGCACAAAAUCAAUACAUGAGAAGUGCAGAAUCCGAACCGAAAAGACCGUUUCCUCUUAAAAUCGCAGUGGCUCUAGCACUGAAACAAACUGAAGUCCCUUUUCAAGCAUUGUCCUCCGCCAUUUCAAAAUUUUUGUUUGACACCUUCACUUGUUUUAGUGUUAAACCCUCAACAAUCCGGUCAAUUUUGCACUGUAAUGGAGACCAAGACUACGAGUCCUUCCAUGUCUCACAGGAGGAUAAGACGAAAUGGUUUUAUACUGCUGUAAAAGGACGACCGGGACACAAAGGAUCAAGAGCCAUACCAACACAAAUUGGAUUUCGUGCAAGUAUUUGGCCUUCAACAAAUCGGAAAUUGAUCGAAUGGUUAGGAGAUGCAGAUAAUAUCGCUAUUCUUUACAAACAUGCCAAUCCAGAGGUUGAUUUACAAGCCAUCAUCGAUUUAUCACUUACUGCUUAAAUUAUUAUUUGGGUUGUCAAGGUAAAAGU